AUGACAGUUUCAGAAUUCCACUUGGUGGCAUUUCAGAACCUUCAGAAAUUUAGGCUUAUUUUCUUUGGCAUCAUCCUUAUGCUCUACCUAGUGACUCUGAUUGGCAACCUUAUUAUUAUCUUUCUGGUCUCCACAAGUCCACGUCUUAAGUCGCCAAUGUAUUUUUUCCUCUCCCAACUAUCCUUGUGUGACAUUCUUCUCACCACAAAUAUUGUCCCUAAUUUGUUGAAUAAUGUAUUGACAAAAAGAGACACCAUAUCAGUGACUGGAUGCCUGACUCAGUUUUAUUUUUUUGGUGUCUCUAUAGUUACAGAAUGUUUACUACUGACAGUUAUGUCUUUUGAUCGAUACAUGGCCAUCUGCAAUCCACUGCACUACCAUUCCAUCAUGAGCUUGAAGCUUCGUCUGCACCUUGUUCUUUGGCCUUGGAUAAUAAGUUUUGUGUUGUCCCUGGACAUAACACUUUUACUAAACCAAAUCCAUUUUUGCAGCAACAAUGUAAUUGAUCAUUUUUUCUGUGAUUUUGCUCCCCUUGUUGAACUUUCUUGUUCAGACACCUCUUUAGUUGAAAUGGAAGACUUGGUAAUAUGUUUAAUUAUAAGUUUCUUUCCCUUUGCUUUCAUUGUUUUGACAUAUACGCAAAUUGUCAUUGCUAUCAUAAAGAUACCCUCCACUAGUGGAAGACACAAAGCCUUUUCCACCUGCAGUUCUCAUCUAACUGUGGUAUCAAUGUACUAUGGGGCAAUAAUUGCUAUUUAUGUGAGCCCAUCUAGGGGAUCAUUGAAGGAUAUAACAAAACUUUUGUCCUUGAUUUACACAGUGAUGACUCCAUUAUUUAACCCAGUCAUAUACAGUCUUAGGAACCAGGAGAUCAGGGAUGCUCUGGGUAAAAUUAUUAAACCAAUGCUAAAGGGUCAUAGUCUUUAA